AUGCGUCUUUCACUUCAGACGAAUCUUUCACUCGGCUCUGCGUCGGAUGAGCCAUUCACCGCCCGUCCCGACAUGCCGCCCUCACCGUCGUCACUCGCUUCUCCACGGUCGGUGUCGUCCAGGCAAUCGUCCCCACCCAACCUCCCCUCGGUGAUGAGCAUCAAGCGCAACCCGAAGCGGCUCUCGCUCGCCAUCCCCAGUCAGCCCGGCCCAUCCAGUAUCGCCAUCCGCCGGUCCCUCACCCCUCCGUCCGACACCGACAAUGGGCCCGUCACCCCUGGUCCCUCCCAUCCACCCACCAUGACCAUGACGCUCGGCCGUCAGACCAAAGCACGUCGACCCAACCUCCUCUCCCUCAUCACCCAGCCCCCAUCCGCGUAUGACCCUCCACCCACUCCGGGUCUCUCCUACGCAUAUCACACAUCCCACAUUCCUCGUCGUCGAAGCAACACAGCCGACGUCCUCCCUACCCUCUCCAUCGACCCUCGCUCAUCCCGCUCAGCCUACCCUCGGCUCAACAACACCACGUUCCCAUACGCCGACGGACCCAUCGAGAUCGUUCCCGGCGUAUACCUCGGCGCCGAAGAUACCAUGUAUCACUGGUCUUCCUGGGCUCGGAGUAAUCGGGUCCGCAUCCUCAAUGUCGCUCAGGAGAUUGACGACCCGUUCGCCGCCGAGGGAAUCGUCCCCAUCUCGCGCAAAGGCAAGGGGAAGGUCCAGCGCGCAGUCUAUUCCGCCGACGUCGGGCAAGGGCGGCCAGAGGUCGAGUACACCCACCUCGCGUGGAGUCAUGGCGAGUCUGGACUGGCGGAGGUAGAUGAGGGGAUGAGGAUGGGCGAUGUCAUCGAGGGGAGCUUUGUCGAGGCGGCAGUGGAAGAGAGGGAGAAGUGGAGGUUCUGGGAGGCGAUACGGUAUAUGGAGGAAGGGAGACAACGGGGCGAAGCGGUUCUCAUACAUUGUCAAUGCGGUGUAUCGCGCUCAGCGACGCUCGUCAUCGCCUACACCAUGGCACUUGCUGCUUCGGGUCGACUGCCAAUGUACCUUGGUCAUCUCAAGGGCAUGCAGGAUACCUACGACUUUAUCAAAGCCAAAAGCUGCUGGAUCGGUCCAAAUGUAUCACUCGUCUUCCAGCUCGUCGAGUUCGCUCGAAACCUCACCACCCUCCUCUCCGCCCAUAUCGCCUCCAACCCCUUCUCGGCCGGCGCCAUCCAAACCUCCUUCCCAUCCGCCGAAGAGGCCGCUCAGACCGAAGCCGACUGGGCUCGCCAGCGCGCUCAAUUUGACGCCGAGUCCGCAGCCGAAUCGUCCUCCGCGUCUACCGUUCCCACCAUCGUCUCCCCCUCCAUCCUCAGUCCCGGUGGGGAAUCUCUCUACGCUGUCGGCGCGGCGCCCGCGCUCGGGGUGGCGGCAAAGAUUAGGACGGGCAUGGGGGAUAUGAGUAUUGAUGAAGAGGGGAUGAGGAGGGAGGCGGUACUGCUUGAUGAGGCGAUGAGGGUGAGGCGGAUGGGCAGGGUGUAA